AUGGCUCUGAACACAGUCAGAACUACGUUGCACUUUGUUGUUGUUCAACUGUGUCUGUUGUGGUACUGUGGAAUGGUCAGCCGUACCGUUGGUCAGAGUACUUUCUCUGAUAAUUUUGAAGGCAUACAGAGCCCACUUAAUGGACGUCCAUACGUGGUAACCUGCUCCUCUCCGUGGAUCUACAGCACAUGGAGUAAAUGGGCGGCAUGUUGCUCAAGAAAUGACCCGAACUGUCAAUUUUAUACCAGGUGCAAUGCCGGUACAGCGUUUGGAUUCAACGACGCAACCUGGAAUUGGUAUACAAGUCAGGCGACUUGCUUCUCGAUGACAAUCUAUGAUCAUUACUCCUCGGCUAGUAAUAGUUGGAUGGAGAUAGCAUGUGCUUACGAGGGCUGGAACGUCUUCACCAUAUACCGCAACUUAGACGCCUCUGCAACUUCAACGAGCAGUACUCCGAUUACAUCAUCAUCUGCAUCAACCUCAGAGCCAUCUCUCACGUCAGUCGUGGCCACAUCCACCAGCAGCCCACCGCCUCCUACUACAAAAGACCCAGAACCCUCGCCGUCGAAAGCCUGGAUCGCCGGGCCCGUCGCUGGAGGCAUUGCCGCCUUGCUGUUGCUAGGCGCAUUGUUCUUUUGGUGGCGUCGGAGGAAGAACGCCCAAAAUAGCAUCGAGACACCUCCGAUGACACAGACAGGAGCAGCAAGCGGAUAUCAGCCCGAGUAUGUGGGCAACCCCCAUGGUAACAACUACACCCCACAACUACAUAGCCCUUCAAGCCCUCCCGCUGCUCCAUAUUAUCCUCCGAACAGUCCUCCACAUUAUAGUUCGAAUUCGCCCGGACUACACGAUGCCUCCACCGCUUCGCAGUACAACUAUCCUGCUUCUGGGACCCCGAACACGAUGUCGUGGCAAGGAUCACCGAGGCCGGUGUCUGAGCAACCAUCAGCGGGCAUGCAGCACAAACAGAUUCUCGUGGAGGCACCAUGA